AUGAUGCUUCGAGCCAAAGCCCUCCAGGAGAAAGCUCCUAUGCAGCUUGGAAUGAUUAAACAUCACUCUAUUGCUAAAGAAAAGCAACUUCAGCAGAAACGAAAGGCAAUGGAAGCGAAGGGAAAAGGCCCUGAGGAGGAAAAGAAUAAAAAGGGCGGAACGACUACACCAACCAAGGCGGCCAAUGCUAAUGGACAGCAGAUAACCAAAUCAAAUGCGGGAAGGGCUGCUUUGUUGAAAAGCCGCGGAGAAUCUGAAUAUAAAGGAACUGCCCGACCGCCUUCUACCCCCUCUGCUUCGGCGUACAAAGGCACGGCAGGCCUCCCCAGCCGUCAUGCAUCUAGCCAUGGUCGGAGUAUGAAGAAGAGUUCUCGUGCACCCGUACGCGAUGAAUACUUGGCUACGGACGAAGAAGAUGAAGGUGACUUUUGCGAUGAUUACGAUGAUGGAGGCUAUUAUUCUGACGAAUCAGCGGACAUGGAAGCUGGCUUGAUGGACGUUGAAGAGGAAGAACAACGUGCCCUCAGAGCAGCCAAACUUGAGGAUGAGAAAGAGCGGCUGGCUGAACUGGCGGCCAAGAGAGAGAAAAUGGAACGGAAGAAAAAGCUUGAUGCUCUUUCUAAGAAGUUUCGGCGCUAA